GUCUACUGGAUUGCUAUCAAUGCACAUUGCUCAUUACUAUAUAAGACUAUGGAUCCUAGUUGUGAACCCUCAUCACUCCCAUUUGCUUUCUUAUUAUCCAUAGAAAAUAUGGGCUCAACUUUGUGUCUCUUCAUGUUCAUGCGCUUUCUCCUUUUAGUCUCAUCUUUUUAUCCAAUGGUGGCUAACUCUUCCUCUUUUAUGCAGCAGCCACUGUGCCAUGAUAGUGAGAGGUCUGCCUUGCUUCAGUUCAAGCAAAGCUUUUUGAUUGAUGGGCAUGCCUCUGGUGAUCCUUCUGCUUAUCCAAAAGUUGCAAUGUGGAAAUCCCAUGGAGAAGGAGAAGAAGGAAGUGAUUGCUGCUCUUGGGAUGGUGUUGAGUGUGACAGGGAGACUGGCCAUGUGAUCGGCCUUCACCUUGCCAGCAGUUGUCUCUAUGGUUCUAUCAACUCCAACAGCACCCUCUUCAGUCUUGUUCAUCUCCGGAGGCUUGACCUCUCUGAUAAUGAUUUCAAUUACUCCCAGAUCCCAUUUGGUGUUGGUCAGCUUUCAAGGCUUAGGAGUCUCGAUCUCUCCUCUGAUAGAUUCGCCGGCCAAAUCCCAUCGGAACUCUUAGCACUGUCCAAAUUGGUUUUCCUUAAUCUCUCGGCAAACCCAAUGUUGCAGCUUCAAAAGCCGGGCUUGAGAUAUUUGGUUCAGAACUUAACCCACUUAAAGGAACUUCAUCUGAGGCAAGUGAACAUUUCUUCAACAAUACCACAUGAGUUGGCAAAUUUAUCUUCAUUGAGAACUCUCUUUCUCAGAGAAUGUGGAUUGCAUGGUGAAUUCCCAAUGAACAUUUUUCAGCUACCAAGCCUACAGUUUCUUAGUGUGAGGUACAAUCCAGAUCUGAUUGGUUAUUUGCCUGAAUUUCAGGAAACCAGUCCGUUAAAACUGUUGUAUCUUUCUGGUACAAGUUUUUCUGGUGAGUUACCAACUUCAAUUGGGAGGCUUGGUUCUUUGACUAAGUUGGACAUCAGCUCAUGCAAUUUCACUGGGUUGGUCCCAUCUCCACUUGGUCACCUUUCCCAGUUAUCCUAUUUAGACCUUUCAAAUAACUUUUUUAGUGGCCAAAUUCCUUCUUCCAUGGCAAAUCUUACCCGACUUACCUUUUUAGACCUUUCUUUGAAUAAUUUAGAAGGUGGAAUCCCAACUUCAUUAUUUGAACUUGUAAAUCUUCAAUAUCUUUCUGUAGCAGACAAUUCCUUGAAUGGGACAGUGGAACUUAACAGGUUAUCAUUGCUCGGUUACACCAGAACCAAUGUUACUCUCCCUAAAUUUAAGCUUUUAGGAUUGGAUUCAUGCAACUUAACUGAGUUUCCUGAUUUCCUGCAAAACCAAGAUGAAUUGGAGGUGCUCUUCCUUUCCGAUAAUAAAAUUCAUGGUCCAAUUCCAAAAUGGAUGUGGAACAUAAGCCAAGAAAACCUAGAGUCUCUUGACCUUUCUGGAAACCUUUUAACCGGCUUUAACCAACAUCCAGUUGUGCUUCCCUGGUCCAAGUUAAGCAUUUUAGAACUUGAUUCUAACAUGUUGCAAGGACCACUUCCAAUUCCACCACCAUCAACCAUUGAAUAUUAUUCAGUCUCUAGAAAUAAACUGAUCGGAGAAAUUUCGCCACUUAUUUGCAACAUGAGUUCUCUUAUCUUACUUGAUUUGUCUAGUAACAAUUUGAGUGGCAGGAUUCCCCAAUGUCUGGCCAACUUGAGCAAAUCUCUGUUCAUACUGGAUCUGGGAAGCAACAACCUUGAUGGCCCCAUUCCUCAAACAUGCACAGUGCCAAACAAUUUGAGGGUGAUUGAUUUAGGUGAAAAUCAAUUCCAAGGCCAAAUACCAAGAUCAUUUGCCAAUUGCAUGAUGCUCGAGCACCUUGUUCUCGGAAACAAUCAAAUCGAUGAUAUUUUCCCUUUUUGGCUUGGAGCCCUCCCACAGCUACAGGUUCUUAUUUUGAGAUCCAACAGAUUCCAUGGUGCAAUAGGGAGCUGGCACUCCAAUUUCAGGUUUCCCAAGUUGCGCAUCGUCGACCUCUCUGACAAUAAGUUUAUAGGUGAUUUGCCAUCAGAGUAUUUCCAAAAUUGGGAUGCCAUGAAACUUACAGAUAUUGCAAAUGACCUUAGGUACAUGCAGGCACGCCCAAAGUUUCAAAUCCCAGGGUAUGGAUGGACUGCCCAUUACAUGUACUCAAUGACAAUGACAAAUAGAGGUAUGCAGAGGUUUUAUGAGAAGAUCCCUGAUGUUUUCAUAGCAAUUGAUUUCUCAGGCAACAAUUUCAAAGGACAAAUUCCAACCUCCAUUGGGAACCUCAAUGGGUUUCAUUUGCUGAACCUUGGCAGCAACAAUCUUACUGGCCAUAUCCCAUCCUCCCUGGGGGACCUAACACAGCUGGAGUCAUUGGAUCUUUCCCAGAACCAGCUCUCAGGAGAGAUCCCUUUGCAACUAACAAGGAUAACAUUCCUUGCAUUCUUCAAUGUGUCUCAUAAUCAUCUGACGGGGCCUAUACCACAAGGAAAUCAAUUUACAACAUUUCCAAAUGCUUCCUUUGAUGGGAACCUGGGAUUGUGUGGAAGUCCUUUGUCAAGGGCAUGUGGAAGUUCCGAGGCAUCACCACCAACAUCUUCAUCCUCUAAACAGGGUUCAACUAGUGAAUUUGAUUGGAAAUUUGUAUUAAUGGGAUAUGGAAGUGGGCUAGUAAUUGGAGUCUCAAUUGGGUACUACUUGACCUCAUGGAAACAUGAGUGGUUCGUGAAAACCUUUGGAAAGCGGCAAAGAAAAUGGACAAGGAAAGAAAGGAGGCACAUAGGCUGAAUUGAUCCAACCCGAAUUUCCUUGAAAGAUUUCUUAAUCUAUGUAUACUGCUUGAAUUGUUGGACUUCUUUCUUCAUUUCUUUUUCCUUUCUAGUCAUGGUGUUACUUCAACUUGUGUUUGUGUUGGCAAAUGGAUGUAAAACUACUUGGGUUUCUUAAUAAUAUGUAGUGUAGCAAUACAACUUGAUUA